CCUCGCAGAUCCAGCGCCAGCAUGGCUGCCACUGCUGCCGUCAGCCCCAGUGAAUACCUGCAGCCGGCCGCCUCCGCUGCCCAGGACUCCCAGCCGUCUCCUCUUGCCCUCCUCGCAGCGACAUGUAGCAAAAUUGGUCCCCCUGCAGUGGAAGCCGCCGUGACUCCUCCUGCCCCUCCUCAGCCAACGCCUCGCAAACUUGUCCCCAUCAAACCUGCUCCACUCCCUCUGGGCUCCGGGAAGAACAGCUUUGGGAUCCUGUCCUCGAAAGGGAACCUCUUCCAGAUCCAGGGCUCUCAGGUCGGCACCUCCUACCCGGGGGGGCAGCUGGUUUUUGCCAUUCAGAACCCAACUGUCAUCAACAAGGGCACCCGCUCCUCCACCAACAUCCAGUAUCAGGCGGUGCCGCAGCUCCAGGCCGCGGCGGGACAGACCAUCCAGGUCCAACCCAACCUCACCAACCAGAUCCAGAUUAUUCCAGGCACGAAUCAAGCGAUCCUCACUCCAUCCUCUUCCUCUCACAAGCCAGUGCCCAUCAAACCGGCUCCGGCGCAGAAAAGUGGAGCUUCUCCUGCUCAGGGCACAAGCAACGUGGUCAAAUUAGCCGGCGGCAGCAACGUGACUCUUACCCUGCCCGUGAACAACCUGGUGAACGCCGCCGAGCCAGGCACACAGGCUCAGAUCCUGGCAGAGAGUCCCUCAAAACCCGGCAAAAAGACUCGAAAGAAAGCCGUGUCGCCCGCUGCCGUGGCCGUGGCCGAGCAGGUGGAGACGGUGUUAAUAGAGACCACGGCAGAGAACAUCAUCCAGGCGGGCAACAACCUGCUCAUCGUGCAGAGCCCGGGCUCGGGCCAGCCGGCCGUGGUGCAGCAGGUCCAGGUGGUGCAGCCCAAGCAGGAGCAGCAAGUGGUGCAGAUCCCGCAGCAGGCCCUGCGCGUGGUCCAGGCUGCCUCUGCCACCCUUCCCACUGUCCCCCAAAAAUCCUCCCAGAACUUCCAGAUCCAGACGACGGACCCCGCUCCUGCCCAGGUCUAUUUCAAAACGUCGUCGGGCGAGCUACAGACAGUGCUGCUCCAGGAAUCCCCAGCCGUGACGGUGGCUCCGUCUGGGACCUCUUGCAGCAGCCCCGUAUCCCGCAGCUCCGGCGCGGGGAGCGGCAGCAAGAAACCGGCCACGCGCAAGGAACGUACCGCUCCCGCCGGAGGCAUCAUCAGCUUGAACGCGGCUCAGCUGGCGGCGGCGGCGCAGGCCAUGCAGACCAUCAACAUCAACGGCGUGCAGGUCCAGGGCGUCCCCGUCACCAUCACCAACACCGGAG